GGUCCCACCCGGUCCCACCGCCUUCAGGUUCCGCUCUCCCGGUGGCGGCGGGGCUUCCGGUGGGGCUUCCGGUGGGGUGGGCCGCCGCUCUCGCGCCUCCGCCUUGUCCUGUCUCAGGCUCCGCCGGCUUCAGAUAGCGGUUCCCUUGCAAACAUUUUUAAACAGCUGUUUGUUCAUCCUGAAAUGAGUUUGGUGAUUAGAAAUCUGCAGCGAGUCAUCCCCAUCAGGAGAGUCCCCCUUCGCAAGAAGAUCGAGAUUGUAAGGAGUAUUUUAGGAGUGCAGAAAUUUGACCUUGCAAUCAUCUGUGUUGACAACAAGAAUAUUCAGCACCUUAAUAGAAUCUACAGAGAGAAAAAUGUCCCAACCGAUGUGCUUUCUUUUCCAUUUUAUGAGAACCUGAAAGCAGGUGAAUUUCCACAGCCUGCUUUUCCAGACGACUAUAAUUUGGGAGACAUUUUCCUAGGAGUGGAGUUUAUCUUCCACCAGUGCAAAGAAGAUGAAGAUUACAAUGACAUCCUGACCGUGACUGCCACCCACGGACUCUGUCACCUGCUGGGCUUCACACACAGCACGGAGGCAGAGUGGCAGAAGAUGCACCAGAAGGAGAAGCUGGUGUUGGACGAGCUGAACCUACGCGCUGGAACCAGGCUCCAGCCCCUGAGCAGGGGCCUUUUCUGAUGCCUGAUGCUCUGGACGUGAGGACAGGGUGGGGACGGACCCCUCUCCUCUGGGCCCCAGGGAUGGAGGGCUCAGCUGGCCGUGGCUGUCCUGUGGGCUGCACAGGCACCAGCCACGUCGGGGCUAACCCCCUGAGUGGAGCGCUGACGCACAGCAGAAAUUCCCAUUCCUUCCUCUGUGUAGGACACGUGAGAUGCUUUUACAAAUCCUAGAAUUGAAAGAGCAUAUAAACCUCAUUCUGUUC